AAGUUUCUUUGAAAAGACUUUGAUGAUGUCCAUUCCGGAUUUUAUAUAUUACCCAUAAUUCGCGCUCAAACAUUUAAACAAAACAAAAUUGCGGGCAUUUCACUUUUCGCUGUCGCCUUCAACGUUUACCUUGAUAAGCUCCCUAAAUCAACAUGUCUACCACAAAUGGCUACGAAGGUUGGUGCUUACAGGAUGACAUCAGUCAGAAUGACCCACAAAUGUAUGAAUUUAUAAGACAGGAGAAACUUCGCCAGAAACAGGGACUUGAGAUGAUUGCAUCUGAGAACUUCACCAGUAAAGCAGUUCUGCAAGCUCUGGGGUCAUGCUUAACUAAUAAAUACUCUGAAGGUUAUCCAGGACAAAGGUACUAUGGUGGUAAUGAAAUCAUUGACCAAGUAGAGAGUUUGUGUCAGAAGCGAGCUUUGGAAGUUUUCAAACUGAACCCUGAGGAAUGGGGUGUCAAUGUCCAGCCCUUGUCAGGUUGUCCUGCCAACUUUGCUGUGUACACUGGUGUUGUUGGACCCCAUGGUCGAAUCAUGGGACUUCAUUUACCUGAUGGAGGACAUCUAAGUCAUGGUUUCAUGACCAACAAGAGAAAAGUCUCUGCUACAUCGGUGUUCUUUGAGUCCUUCCCUUACAAAGUGAACCCUGUGUCUGGACUCAUUGAUUAUGAUGCACUUGAAACUAAUGCACAUCUCUUCAAUCCAUCGCUUAUUGUUGCAGGUGUAAGCUGUUACUCCCGACAUCUUGAUUAUGCCAGGUUUCGGAAGAUCAGCAAUUCUGUUGACUGUCUCCUGAUGGCAGAUAUGGCACACAUCAGUGGCUUGGUGGCUGCUGGUGUGGUCCCUAGUCCUUUUGAACAUUGUGAUAUUGUUACCACUACAACACACAAAUCCCUCAGAGGUCCUCGAUCAGGGAUGAUUUUUUACAGAAAAGGUGUUCGAAAAGUCCUUAAAAAUGGCAACAAGGUUAUGUAUGACCUCGAGAAGAAGAUUAAUGAAGCUAUAUUUCCUGGUUUACAAGGAGGCCCACAUAAUCACCAAAUUGGAGCAUUGGCUGUUGCACUGAAGCAAGCUAAAACAGAAGAAUUUGUUCAGUACCAAAAGCAAGUUCUGUGUAAUGCUCAUGUAAUGGCAGAAGAAUUUAUAGCACGAGGUUACACUCUGUCCACAGGUGGCACUGAAAACCAUUUAGUUCUUUUGGAUUUACGUCCAAAUCAAUUGGAUGGUGCCUCUGUUGAAAGGAUCCUUGAAGAGAUAAAUAUUGCUGUCAAUAAAAAUACCUGCCCUGGGGACAAAUCUGCCUUGAAACCCAGUGGUAUACGUAUUGGAGCUCCUGCCCUAACGUCACGAAUGUUUAAAGAAAACGACUUCAAACAAGUUGUUGAAUUUAUGCAUCAAGGUAUUCUUCUUUGUAAAGAGAUCUAUUCCAAGUCUGGCCCAAGUUUUUCAGAGUUCAAAGCCUUUUUAGAGAAAGAUGCUGACAUUCAGAAGAAAGUGGCCAAUGUGCGUGAGCAGGUGAAACAAUUUGCAGAAAAAUUUCCAAUGCCUGGUUUGGAUGACCUGUAAAAAGGUGUACUUGCUUCCUACUUGCCAUAACAUGAUGUACAGCAAGUGCUAAUGAAGUUUGGCAGAUGGUAAUGGUGCCUCCAUGUAGCUAAUGUUUUACCAUUUGCUGUCAGUUUUCAUUAUGGUUUGGAUUAAUAUAUAUACAAUGCAUUUGCUUCUGAAAUGUUUGUUAACCUAUAAAAUAUGGAAUUUCUUUAUUGCUGUAUCCUGUACAAAGUAGUCCCUGAUUAUAUAUUUUUUAAAUAUUUUUGUUUUGAUUAUAUUUGAAUUAUUAUAAAUUUGAUUAUCUGGACCUAUAUUAACUCUACUCUUUCAAAAUACUCAAGUGAAUACAAAAAUAAAUCUAUAAGUAAAAAAAUCGGAAAAAAUAGGGAUUUUCAUAGAAAAAAAGCACCUUUUUGAUGUAAAUAA